GCAAAAACAUUUACCAGAUAAAACAUUUUCAAUGGAAGCAACUAAAUUGACUGCUAUUUUCCAAUCACUUAAAUCCAAUGGUAGUGAUCCAGGCUACGUAAUAGUAUUUCCUGCGUUCGGAGUACAUGUCUCAGUUGCAUUGGUAUUAAU